AGAACGAGCCAGCGAUCAUUUGCGUUGGCGCAAACAUGGCGUCCACGGAAGUCUCUGCUGACAGUGGCACAAAAAUCAACCUGUCUAUGUUGGUUGAUUUCCUUCUGCAGAAGACUUAUCAUGAUCUAACAGUGCUGUCAGAACUUUUACCAAGGAAAUCAGAUAUAGAGAGAAAAAUUGAAAUUGUGCAGUUUGCUAGUAAAACACGCCAGCAGUUUGUGCGGUUACUUGCUUUGGUAAAGUGGGCAGCAAGUGCUGACAGGGUUGACAAAUGUCAGGCAAUCUCAACUAUUUUGGACAAACAGUCUAUGCUGUUUGUAGACACUGCAGACAUGUUGGCAAGAAUGUCCCGAGAAACUCUUGUAAAGGCAAGACUGCCCACCUUUUGUCUGCCAGCAGCAGUGGAUGUCCUGACUGGAGGGACUUAUCCUCGCCUUCCAACAUGUAUUAGGGAUAAAAUUGUACCUCCAGACCCUAUAACUACUGUGGAAAAGACAAAAACGCUGCAGAGAUUGAAUCAAGUAAUUCAACACAGACUGGUGACCUCUAAACUGCCACCCGAAAUGGGUCAGAUGAUUAUUGCUGAUGGAAGAGUAAAGUUCAGAGUGGAACAUGAAUUUGAGGUGAUGUUAACUCUCAUGGGUGAUGACUCUUCCAUCCCAUGGAGGGUUUUAUCUAUCGACUUUUUGGUCCAGGAUAUGGAAACUGGAGAUGGCAAGUCCCUUGUUCACGCCCUUCAGACCCAGUACAUUCAUCAGCUUGUGCAGUCAAGACUAUUUGCUGAAGAAAAUCCUCUUGUUGAUUUGUACAAAUGUUUACAUUCAUUUUGUCUUUCUCUUCAGUUGCAAGUUCUUCACUUUCAGGCAAAGCAGUUGAUGGCUGAACGAUGGGGAGAUAACAUUCGAAUAGAGGAGUAUGCCAUUGGCAAAACGCUUGUUGUAUCAUAUUGGAGAAAUAAAAGCCCAGUUCAACAAGGUCAGAAAACAGGUCAUAAAAUAACGAUAUGUGAAGAUUCUAUUGAUGAUCCAACCAGUCUCUGUGUCCAGCACUCACCAGCUCUUCCUUUUGAGUUUAAUCAGGAUUGCAUCUCUAAAGUCAUUCCUGGUGACCUGUACAUAGAAAAGCUCUUGACACAUACCAUAAAAGCUCAGUCAAAUGUGAAGCUUAAGGGACUGCUACAGAUGUUGAUGCAGGAUUCAUCCUUGAAAUCCAAAGUUACACUGGAUGACUUUUGCCCAAGUCUUGUGAUACAAGUUAUGCCUAAGCCCACCCCUGCAGAGACUCUAAUUGUCACAGUUGGAAAUAGGAACGGAAUAUUUCAAGUGUCACUGGGUAGUGGUGAAGAUAAUGCUGUUUGUACAGAGCUUGAAAACACAUUAAACACAAACUUGGACCAAUUUCUUACUGUGUUAAGAGAUGCAAGGUGCCAGCUUUAUGUCAAGCGAUACAUGAAAUCCACCGUUGAUCUUCCCGUCACCGUGUCUUCGUCUUUACCAGUAGUGAACUUAGCAGAUCACAAAUUAUCGCAGCUCAGCAAACACAAACUUUUCAUCCAGUUCCGCCGCCAUCCAUCCUACUGUCUGGUGGUUGAAGUACUGUGUAACGAAGAUUCGGAAGAAGCCGCCACAAAGUAUCAUCUCCUAAAAGUGAAACCUACGUUUGGCGAUGAAGUAAAUGAGGCAAGCGCAUCAACUGACUCAAGCAAUGGAGAUCAAAAACCCCAGCGAGUUGAGGUCAAGAAAGAGGGGAUAAAAAGCCAAGAUCGAACAAGGCAAAGUUGUGAUGGUGCAAGGAAUGCUAUCGCAGAGACCAAACAAAAGAGACGCGCGCUCUUCUUGACCGCUGGUCACAUGGUCACCUUGAAUGCACAAAAACUGACAGAUUAUGCUGGGACGCCGCUUGAAGCAGGAUUUCUUUCUAGCAGAGAGGACGGUGAAGGAAGAAAGCGAAAGCUCGACUCUUCAGGGGAAGAACCCCAUGGAAACAAGAAAUUGAAGACUUUAAAGGAUGUUCUAGAAGAAGGAAGAAAUAAUUCUACUUAUGAUCCAACCAUGGGUCAUGUGAUUGCCAUUUGUCACGCAAGAAUGCCGUUCGUUCAGCUCCGCGAGGAGUUGAGUCGGCACAAGAUUAUCGACCAAGGUCUGACUUCAGAAGCUGGAGUUGGGUUUGCUAUCCGAUUGUCCAACCUACCCCUCUCUAGAGACUGUGACGCGUCACUGGUACCAGCCCCCCAACCGAGCGUUCUGGACUGCGUGCUGAGGCUUCCCGAUGAGUCACAAGGAACCUGUCUCUUGGAGAUGAUCAUGGACAACUGUCCACUGGAGGGACUCUCAACGAGCGAAAAGGGCCCCACUCGACAUGUGUUGUUUGAGUAUAAGAUUCAGGAGGGGAAGGCACGCAACGCCAGCAACAACAAGGGUGGAGAAGGUGACAGUGACUGGGCAAAGCUUGUGGUUGGAAAGCUUUUGAAUGAUUGGUAUAGUGUUUGCAAGUUGUAUCGACAUGCUGUGGAGUUGGAUACUUUUCUUAAAGAUUCACAAAGCCAUUUUCGUCACAUGUGCCGUGUUUAUUCUUACAACUACAAACAGCUGACACUACAGUACGACCCUGAUAAACAAAGUUUGGUUACUUUCGAAUGGUCCGUGGAGCAGUCUCAAUUCGUUUUGACAUUUGGAUAUUGCGGCUCAAGUCUGAGUGCAAACCCACACAGUUACACCGCCAGGCAUCUGCAACAAGAGUUCAACACUCAUCAGAAUCUGCCGUAUAUUGUUCAGAUUCUUCACGAAACUUUUCGACCGCUCUCGGCCCUAGCAAAACUCAGUAAUAAGCCAGUCCUUGGUAUACAUGUCUAUCGACCCCUCACAGCCUGGAGGAAGUUUACUGUUCUUCCCCAGUCUUCCACACAUGUGCUCCUCGUCUACAGAAACAGUAACGCUACGGAAAUUCGUUUUCAAGCAAAGAACCUUGUCGCCAUCAGAGAUGCCUCAUACAGUGUCGUGGAUCCAAGCAAGGGCAGAGGUCUCCCCCCAACCCCAAAUUUGAAGGUCUUUCUUCAAAUGUACGUAGACGAUGUUGCCAAGACCGGGGGAAUCACUUCUCGUAAUGCUUCAACUACCGAUGACGAGGCCCCUCCUUCGCCUAUUAACAUGGAAACAGACGCACCUGUCAUUGAAGCGCAGUUUACGUCACCGCAGCCGGUGCCUGGCACCGCGAAUCUUACUGCAUCACCCAUGAUCCCUCGCACCUCGCCCCAGGCCCCUGCUGCCUCGGUCAAUGUGCCAUCGCCGUUCUCUGCGUCGCCGAAUGUUCACAGUCCAGGCAAUAUCUAUGGUGUUGGUUCGCCAGGGUCGUGGCCCAUGUCACCUCAGUUCACUGGUAGCGGCCAGGGUUCCAAGUACAGGCCCUCUCCAACUCCUCAACCAAUGCCGUCUGGGACUGGACUAAAGCAACCAACCACUCCGCCCCGACCGCUCACUGCGAGAACGUGGGCUGCCACUGUUCCAACAAUACUGUCUCAUAAAGCGUUGAUCAAGUUGUGCACCCCAGUCCCCGUGCCGUGCUCGGUCAGACACGGCCCACCCGCUAUGGUGUCCCCGCUGGAGCGGUUCCUGUGCUGCAUGCAGUUAAAACGCUAUUUAACGCGGAUCAUCCAAGAUGAAUUGGCGAGUAAAUUAUCUCUACUAAGAAAUGAACUUACAAACGGACUGGCGUUCAAAACAAACCAGCCAACUACAAAUCUCCAGUACUUUCUCAGUAUCGAUCCUUCCUACACUGCGCUGCGACUAAAUGUCAAGCCUCCUCCUGGUCAAGAAUCUUCUUGGAAAGAUGAACUAAGUACUCUGGAGAGAUUCUUUGAAACAAGGGUGGCCUGCCCUCCUUAUAAGACCAGCGCUUUAACAGCUUUCGCUCGACUUCUGUGCGCUCCAGCCAACAUACUCCGAGACUGCAUCAAGAUUAUGAAGUUAGAGUUGAAUCAUGAUCCAAACGUAUUGAAAUGGCGCGUAGAAUGGUGCCUCAGUAUACCCCCCAACGGGCCUGAGAUUGCGCCUCCCGGAACCCCAGCAGUGGUCCUGAAAGGGAAAAUGUUGUUCUUUAUCCAACUCAGCAAGCCUAUACCAUCAUCCCCCACGGGCGAGGAGCAAACAGUUGUAGUUCCCAUUCUCCACGACAUACAGAACAACACCACCCAGCAGGCUGAUGCGCCUCGCCAAGCUUCUUCCGCCGGCUCGGCCAUGAAUUCGAGUCAUGCGGCCAUUGUAAAUUCAACCUUGAGGCGGUGGAACGAAAUAACACCAAGAACAGGUGAAUGUACCAUAUUUCCAGCGGUGUUGGAACUCGCUCGGAACCUCGAUAUUCCUCUGUAGACAGCUAUUAUUUAUUGGACGAUUAAACGCUGUACAAUUUUUCACCCGUUAAAGAAUGACAAAGUCAAAAACUUUACCAUGGUAUCUUGAAAAAUAUAUGGAAGUUCUUUGUAGCAGUAUGAAACUCUGUACUUUUGUGGACUGUAUGUGUCUGUAUUCCUUGAGCGAUUAAAUUACUCUUUUAGCGAAACUAUACAAUUUUUUGAGACAUUUGGAGAGUAGCACUGCAUAGUUGUAAAGCCAUAACAAAGAAGCGGCUGAUAAAGUUGGACCAGAUCGAUCUUGA